AUGGAUAAAAAGAAUCGAAGAAAAAUGCUCGAAAUACCGCUGAUGAAAUGUACAGGUAGGAAAAGCCUUGUGAAACAUGCAAAUCCAUGGGCAAGCCGUGAUGUGCAAAGCUUGGAUCGGGAGUCAUUGGAUGAUGGCCUAGCACAGCAGCCCAUGGCGAUGAGAAAUUUCCACCGUUUCGAUGACGGCGUGAAAAAGGGUUGA